AUGAAUUAAAAUUAUUCAAUACUUCUGGAAUUAACUAAAAAAUAAGAACUAACUUUAGCUAUCGAAAUCGCUGCUAUUUGUGUACCAUCUGUAUUUUUAUUAAUUUUUACUCUUUAUUGUUACUUCAAGUUUGAGCACUUAAAUAAUGCAUAGUUUAAGUUAGUAACGAGAAUAUUAUUUUCAGAUCUAAUAUAUGAAUCUAUAAUGAGUGUGAUCAGUUUGAGUUACAUAAUUACAGCAAAUGGGAGUGAUGAACAAACAUCCUUUAGAGAUUCAUAUCCAACCUUUUGUUAUAUAGAAGCUUAUUUAUCAAAUUUUUCAAUUUUAACUAGCACAGCUUGGACAUCAAUAAUAUGCCACACAUUAUACAUGCAAGUGUACAGGAACAUUUCUAAGAUGUAUUACUAUCAGUACAUAUUUGUUGGUUAUGUGAUUCCAACAAUAAUCAGUUUUAUACCAUUUUAUGUUGAUGGAUAUGGAGUGACAUAUCCGAUGGAAUCAACAAAUUGCUUUUAUAACAUGAGGUUGGAGAGGAGAUCUUAUGAUUUGUACAUAACUUUGUGUUAUUAUUUGCCGAUUUGGGUAGCAUUUCUAUAUAACUUAAUAAUAAUAACAUUAGUUGUAAGAAGAAUAUUAAAGCAUAUAACAGAUUUUACAAACAAAACAUAAGUUUUUGCAUUGUUUCUUUAUCCAACAAUAUUAUUCAUUUGCUGGGUGAUUGUAAUCUUACUUUAGUUAUCCUGUAGCCUGGCUUAGUUCAACAAUUUAAUCCAUAAUCUAUUUUAUGGUAAUACUUAUCGUAGUUUUUCUGCAACAUACUUGGUCUGCUGGAUGCUCUGUGUUAUUGCUUUACUGAGAUAUUUACGAAGAUAAGGAUCAAUGGCUGCAAAUUAGAAUAUUAGGAAGAUUUAUCUGAAAGUAACUUUGGGACCCAAACUAGCCAACAAUUAACCUAAGUAGUUGAUUCAUAAAAAUUGUGAAUACUAUUUAAUAAAUAAUAAUAAAUUAUUAAGCGUCAUUUCAUUUUUUAGUGCGUUUGCAAUUUAAUAUUAUAAAAAGAGGAACAAAAAUAUAAGUAAUAUCAUCGAACUUGCUAGCAUCAUCUUAAGACUUGACGACAUGGGAUAACUAUUAUAUAAAGAGAAUUAUCAUAAGUGGAUAAAAGUAUAAGAGUUGAUUGCUAAAGAUCCAAUAUUGUAAAAUAAUGUAGCAGAUUAUGGAUAAAGCAGAGAUAAAUUAUUUGAAAUCUAUUGCAAGAAGGCCUAUAAACUACACAAAUUACUUAACUAUAGCGAUGAGAUGAUUCCAGAAACUGUGGUGACUGUGUUACAUUAAACCAUGUUUAUACCCACAAUCAAAUAUUUGGGAACUGAAAAGUAAAUAGAGAAAUGGGUUCCUCCUUCCUAAAAUUAUGAGAUUGUGGGAUGCUAUGCUCAAACUGAAUUGGGUCAUGGCUCAGAUGUCUAAAGUUUGGAAACUACUGCUGUUUAUGAUAAAAAUACAGAAGAAUUCAUUCUCAACUCACCAACUAUUUCAUCUACCAAAUGGUGGAUUGGAGACUUGGGAUUGACAGCUACACAUGCUGUGACUCAUGCUUAAUUGUUCAUUAAUGGAAAACAUUAUGGAUCAGAGACACACAUACUCAUCUACCACUCAAAAGGAAUUGAAGUUGGAGAUGUAGGACCAAAAUAUGGUUAUAACACUAAAGAUAAUGGUUAUCUCAGAAUGAACAAUGUUAGAAUUCCUAGAGAAUAAAUGCUAAUGAGGUAUUCCAAAGUAAGCAAAGCUGGUGAAUUCAUUAAGGCACAAAAUGAAAAGAUUGGAUAUGCCACCAUGAUGUAAGUAAGAACCUCAAUCAUUCAUAAUACCUAUGUCUCUUUAGCAUAAGGAUUAGCUAUUGGAGUUAAGUAUUCUCAUUUUAGAAGAUAAUUUAAAGAUAAAAAUGGUAUUGAAAGACCUAUUAUUGAUUAUUAAACUCAAUAAGAUAAAUUAAUUCCAUUGAUAGCAGAUUGUUAUGCCUAAGGCUUUGGAUGUUUAAGAAUUAGAGAAAUUUUAACAGAAAAUCUAAAAAGAAUCACUGAAAAGAACGAUUUUUCAUUAAUGGGAGACUUACAUGCACUAUUAUGUUGUUGUAAGGCUGUUUAUACUUGGAAUACUCAUUUUGGCUUAGAUAAAAUUAGACAAUCUUUAGGUGGACAUGGAUUUUUAUAAUCUUCAGGUGUUGUUAGUAUUCAAACAGAAUUUGCUCCAAGUUGCACUUAUGAAGGAGAAAAUACUGUUCUAUUACUAUAAACAGGCAGAUACUUAUUAAAAGCUUGUAAUAAAGCAUAAAAACACUAACCAAUAAAUGAAAAUGUUGAAUAUCUCUAUAAUAUUUAAUAAACUUUAUCAUAAAAAGCUACUUUCACAAAGAGCUGA